AUGGAGACGACAUUCAUCUCGAUCCACGACCUUACCGACAAUGCCACCAUACUGUACUCUUCAGAUUCUGUGGUCGACAUCCUGGGCUACACCCCAGAUGAGAUUGUCAACCGCUCAGCUUGGGAAUUCUUCUCACUAGAUGAGCUGCCCUUCGCCAAAGACUUCUACCAGAAGCGCGUAGCCACCGACAAAGCUGCUGUCCUGGGCUACUGCCGUGUCAAGGAUAGCCAUGGCAAUUACGUUGGCUGCGAGUGCUGUUUCACCAUCGUGUACGAUGUCAUGGUCGUGUGUACCAGUAUCUACCGACGAGGACUACAAGCCGACAAGCGAGCCGCCGAAGCCCCGGUGGUGCGACGCAUGUUCUCAUCGUCACCCAAAGAUCCACGAUACCACAUGUUGUCACAUCUAUCCACCAAGUUCUCCCAAGCAUCGAAGAACCAGGAUCACGAACCUCGCGCAGCUCUGUUCCUGAAUCGAUUCACUCGGACACUGACCAUCAUGUACGCCACCAGUGGUUUGCAGGAUGUCAUUGGCAUCCCCGCUGAGACGAUGCGUGGACGAAGCUUCUAUUACUGCAUCUCCGAGAACUGUUUGCCAGAUGCCGUCAAAUGCUUGGAGAACGCCAAAGGCAACGACUCAAUAGCCUAUCUUCGCUUCUGGUUCCGUGACCCGCGCAUUGACGACGAUGAUCCAGCGGUGACCGAGUCUGAGGACAGCGAUGAGGAGAUGACCACAGACACGAGUGUGGAUGGAGGUGUCAACCUCGGAGGCGAGCCCACAUCACCUGGUGCUGCGAUGGACAUCGAUAGCGACGAGUCCAAAUACGGCUCUAGGCAUUCGUCGGGGGACUCGACACGCGGACCUGACACACACGAGGCCAUCUUUGGUGAAGCUAGGCGUGCUGAAUCAUCGACUUCGUCUCUAGCAGCGUCGCCAGAACGCGGAAGAAACUCGCCGACGAGGGCACAGGAGGACCACAUCGAGCUCGAGGCAGUCAUUUCGUGCACAUCAGAUGGCCUGGUAGUUUGCUUGAGGAAGGCACGACCGAUGAUUCCACACCCAACGCAACGUCCAGCGCGUCCCGUCUACGAGCGUGGUCUGUUCGCAGCACCUUGGGCAUCAGAGCCAGUCCUGCCACCUCUGGAAACUAGAGGUGCCGCUGGCUUUGGAUCAUCUUUCGCACCCUCGCUUGGGCCACACGGCGCGCGUCGCAGCAGCAAUGUGGCCACUGCGCAUGGUAACGGCAAAGCUCCCGAGCAGUCCGACUUCAUGAACGCGAUCCGCGAGCAAGCCAUUUUCGCCUGGGCGCUGACCGGCAUCAAUGGUUCACUCGCCGAGUACGGACAAGGUCGACCAUCUGGCGAAUCGUUGCCUCACGAUGGCCUGCCCGUGUGGGCUAGUGAUCCACGCUACGCAAGCGAUAGUGAUCGUGGCAGCAGUGACUAUCGCAGCGGCUCAGACUUACCUGAGCCGAACAAGAUCGAUGGCCGCUCAGCAGGACCUCACAUCUUCGGCGACCCUGGGCUUGGGAGGAACAGUAACCACAGCAGCCUUGGUGUGGGUAGCGGCACCAACAGCGCCAACCAUAGCUCCAAUGGCACUCCAUAUACUGGCCCUCGCUGA